UUAUUGUAUGCCUUCUGCUUUUUAAGUUCAUCUGCUGCUGUUAUGAAUUUCACACCUGGGGCCAGCAAUGAGACAGAAGCUGUGAAUUACCUGGACACGUUACUUAUGGCUGUUGGCAGCAAUGUGACUGUUGUCGUCCUCGGCAUCACCAUCAACUACAUCAAUGCCACCAUGGUCCAUACAUUCAACAAACAUCAUAUCUUCAAGGUGAACACACGUUACAUCCUGUUCAUCCACCUGGUGGUCAACGACAUGAUCCAGCUCACAAUCAGCAUUUCUCUCUUUAUCUUCACCUACACCUUCCGCACCAUCUAUGUCUCCAUCUGUUGCCUCUUCAUCUUGCCGGCCAUCUUCACCACACAAAACACCCCUCUGAAUCUAGCUUUCAUGGCAGCAGAGUGCUACAUUGCUGUCUGCCUUUCUGUCCUACCAGAUAUCUUCAUCCUCUUGGCCACUGAACCUCUGGAGUUCUUAAAUUCAAGAGUGUACUGCUACAGGGAUUCUGUGUUUAGGAGCACCUACAGUCUAAAGAAGAGGGAUGCAUCCCACAUAUUGUUUCUGGUAGUGGUUUGGCUCACUCUCUUCUACACUUACUUCAAAAUUUUGUUUGUGGCCAAAGCUGCUGAUGCUGAUGCUAAAAAGGCGAGAAACACUAUCCUCCUUCAUGGCUUUCAGGUGCUGCUGUGUAUGUUGAUCUAUGUACAACCUAUGUUAAUACAAGCGCUCGUAUACUUGUUCCCAGGAGGUGAUAGAUUCAUAAAAUUUGCUGUUUUUAUUAUAAACCAAAUCCUCCCUCGCUUUGUUAGUCCUAUUGUCUACGGGCUACGAGACAAGACUUUCAGGAAGUACUUCAAAAAAUAUCUCCUAUGCACUGUAGCAUUAAGCAUCUACCCAAAGACAAAACUGACCAUGCCAACAUAA